AGCCUGAAACACACAAGGAGAAACAGCAGUUUAGAGGCUGCAUCCCAGGGAGAGUCACUGAAGCGAGUGCCUCAAGCCCUGCUCCAGGCAGCCUCUGACAGGCUGUGCCCCGUGAGAACACAUGAGCACUGCAUGCGGGCUAAGCAAGGGGCUUCCCUCAGGAGACAGUUCCACAGUUCAGUCAACAGCAACACCACACCGUGUCUCCACUCCUUGAACUCUGCAGCUAGCACUUGGGGACACCUCCCACUUGAAAAGUGCUUUUCAAACCCGUCUGUGUCUGGAGAAGCUGGGUCAAAGAAUGCAGCUGUAAUGGACUAGCCCAAACAUACUUAACCCUUCAGGGACUGCUGAUGCUGAAGGAACAUCUCCCCAGACCAGCACCAUUCAUGCACCCAGCGAUGCUUAUUCCUGUAUCCGUUAGUUACCCAGUCCCAGGUAACAGAGACAAAAAGGAAAUGAACUGCCUGCUCACAGGACCAAGACCCAUGUACUGCUCCGGAGGUAUCUGCACACCCGUCCCACCAUAUGCUUUCAGCUCUGGUUAGUAUGGCAAUUUAGGUCAUGCAGAUCACAUUCUUCCCAUGGCCACCUGGCUUCUCUCCUACAGCAAUCACAACAGGGCUUCAGCAGCUGAUCUGCUACAGACUGCUAGAGCUGCAGGAGGCAGAAUGCAGUCACUUCUAGCUCUACAUGUUCUUUAGAGCAUGGCUGACAACAUCAAGUGAUGACUGGAGGAAGUGAAGAGCAUGAGAAUCCGAUCAGCAGCAUUAUGGUCCGACAUCUGGCAAGCCACUACAGCUAGAUAGCAACCUCCCCAGGAAUCCCCUUCCGAAGGUUCUCAGGCAGAUAAACCAUCGCUACCAGCCCUGCCGUCCAACCUUCACACCAUCACUGGUCCCUUGGCCUAGCACUGCUUCCUGGCCCAAGUCCAGGGCUGGACACUGCCCAUCCCAGAGCCCUGCCAGCGGGGUUAUCAGUGCCAGACCCUUCUGCAAAGGCUGUAUUUGCAUCAGGGAGGAAAAACAGAGGCACCCCCUCAAGCGGACAUGUGGAUUCUGCAGCCCGGAUAUUCCUGUGAGAAGAGGAGGCUCUCACGGGUGGGGGUCCCCAAAGGAGCCGGGAGAGCAGGCUGCAGUGCAGAGACUGCCACACACUGGAUGCCUGGACAACGACCGUUGGUUUGCUCAGCGUGGUGGUGGAGGCAGCUGCCGGCUCUGAAUAGCUAUCCAACAGGCAGGCUCCGAAGCUGCCAGUGCUGGUGAGCUGCAAUGGGCCAGGCUGACACCACAUCCCAUCUCCUCCUGUCACUGCCACGGUGGGAACUCCCCACUCCACGUCCAUUAACGCAGCACCGGACACUGAGCCGCACAGCUCCAGGGAGAGGCUACAUCCCUCACAACCCGAGAACCCCAAGAUGCAGCAAGAAUGAGGCUGCCAGCGUCCAGCUGUGCACAAGCCAGCCCCUCAAGCUCCAGGAGGACCUGCCCAAACCCCCUCAAUCCUCCACCUCCCGCAUAGCCACAGAGGGCAGCUGUGCACAAAGGGCCUUCUGCUGCCAGUCAAAGUGACCUUGGCUAGUCCUAGAGGUCACACCACCUCCAGCACCCUGAGCAAAACAGAGCCUUGGGUAAGUGCCAGGAGCAGAAUGAGUGAGCUUGUGUUAGAGAAUCUGGAGCCCAGCCAGUAAGAGAGAGAAGUGGAUGUGAAAACCAGAGACCAGGCACUGACAGUGAAAUCUAUCUAUCUUUACCCUCCCACCCAUCAAGAUAGUAUCCAAGAGCCUUCCUUGUAAGAUCAACAACAAUUGCGCAGUCCCCUGCGGACCUCCAAGAUUUCAUUUUCAGGGUUGAAACUCUGCUUGGGGUAGAGAUUUUGUUUCUGAAAUAAGAGUUAGAAAUGCCAUGCCAGGCCCACACAGGAUCAUGCCCUACACCAAGUGCUUGGUCCAAUCCAACAGUAUGGCCCAGAUCACUUCUUUGACAAGCAAUCCUACAGAUCUUUCCCCAUGCUCAGAUUAAGCUCUCACAUAAAGGUGAGCAGGAGCCAACUAGCCCCUAUCUGCUAAGGGCUGUGUUCGGGAGGUUGAGUUCUAGUCUAUGCCAGCCUCAUGAUUACCUUGUGCUCCACCCACCAUCUGUUGUCUCCAGCUUUAUCUGGACUAUGAUUUAGAGUUGUGUGGCUGGAUUGUCGUCGUCUUCUAGAAUUCUAGUCCAGACAAAAGCAAUUGUACUCUAGCACAUGCUGAAUCAGCUAAGUUACAGCACAGCCUGCCAGCUCCUAGGGGCAGUGCUGAGAGCAUACAGCACCCAGCGCAGUGGGCUCCAAUCUCGGGGUGGGCCUGUGGGCACGCCCAACAUGAAUACAGCAGCCGGGUUCCCACCUUUGCUGUCAGCAGCAAAGCACUGAAUAGCAAUGACGAACCCGGCAGUGAAGAGCUCCAGGUAAGGACCCGACAAGCCAAUCCCCAAAGAGUUGUGCUGCAUGUGGAGUCACCGGGAGAGGAGAAUCGACGCUCCCUGGAGAAGAUCUCAGAGCCACAGGUCCUGCCCUCGCUGCGGGCAGCCAGACAGUAACUCUCAGCGAUGUUACCAGCUUACUGAUGCAGGAAGCAGUCCCGGCAGAUCAACUCAACCACAGAAGGCGGGAGGAUAGUAGUGAAGCCUGGAAUCCGCAGCUACGUUGCAUUCCAGUUCUGCCUCAUAAGGGAGGGGAUACGGGAUGCAGCAGCUCAGCACAGGCAGCUUUGGAAAGUGACGGUGCAACAGGGCUUUAAGAAUUCAUCCCUUGGCUAUAAAAGGCUGGAGGAGCCAGAGAGACAAGAGGGGGCAGAGCCCCUGGAAAAGCCAGACUGAGCAGCUGCUCAAAGGUCUUUGCUCAGAAAAAUAACUGCCUAGAGCAGGUGGCCCCAAAAGCGGAUGUGGGGAGGCUUGCAAGGGAGAGAGAGGAGUAGGGACUGUCUGGAUGCUAUCAUCAUGUCUGUAUUUAGGCCUUGUCAAGGACAGUUCAUAACCAGGCUCAACUGCAUGGGAAAUGCUGGUCCAUCACUCCCAGAGGAGGUCACCUGCAACUCUUAGCCUAGGCGAACGGAGCUGGCCAGGUGGGUGCAUUCGGCCAGGCCAAGCUGUGACAAAGUCAGUCACGUGAAGCAGGCCCCCAGGCGCAUGGUGGCAGGGGAAGAUGGGGGUUUGAGCAGACAGAUAGAUACCACAUUCCCACAUGCUUUUCAGCAAGCAAUCCAGCUCCACUGUGUGCAUCUCUGUAGAGGGAAGAUACAGUCCUGUUACCGGGACUGCCUGGCAACCUGGGCUGCAACUCCCUGCUGCAACUGUGCAAGGCAGGGACAGCAAGAGCACCCUGUACAGGAGGAGCAGAGAGGCACUGCCACGGGCAGAGACAUGCUGGGAGAAGCAGCGCUGAGCAGAGCACACACAGUAAGGCAGACCCAGACCCACAGCCUGGGGAUUAUUCCGGGGUCCAAGUCCAUGGAGCUCAAAGACACCACAACAUUAAAUGGUCUUGGGGGAGUAGCGUCCUGGACGAUGGCCACCAGACAGGAGGGUUAACACUGGGAGCUACAUGGGCCUUUCUGGGGUAUGAGACCCUUCCCUGAAUUCUGAGCAGCAGCAUGACACCCUCCUCUCCCCCAGUGCUAGAGCUGGCAGACAGCUUCCAUCACCACCCUCUGAACCUCCCCCAAACCUCGAACCAGAGCACUGGCUCCAACCCCUCAAGGGCUUUGGGGAGGGUUAGGUCCAUGUCUGCCCUGUGACUCCACCACCCUGCCUCUCUCCACAGGCCCUUCUCAGAGAUCGGUUCUAGCUCGGUCACAAGACACGGGCCAGAUGCAGGACCACUGGGGAACCCUCUGCCCUGCUUUAUAUAGGAAGUCAGACUAGACUAUCCAAAGCUCCCUUCUAGUCUUAAAAUGUCUGGAUCUAAAUUGGCCAAAGGGACAAGCCCAAAUCCAAGCAACCCCCAUUCAGAUCCAAGCUCCGGCACUCAGGUCUCUAUUUUUGGUCACAAGUGCAGCCAAGGCACAUGGCCAGAUCUCCCUCUAGCAGCAGCCCACAUCAAGGCAAACAGCCUGCCACUCACUCCAUCAGUUCAUGUGGUAGGGGCCUGUAUGCUCAUUGCAGAAGGGCCUAGGGUCUGUCCUGCUCUGUGUCCAACAGGACUCACUGUGACACCUCUGCAAAGCUCUCUGGAGAGCGUGUGGUUGAUCUGAGACACUGCUAGGGAGUGUCUCACUCAGUCUAACUUCAAAAAAAGCCAUUCCACCUCCACUUGGGAGUGAGACCUUCACACCCUAGAGGCAGAUUCCAGUCCAUGCUGGGAUUGCUCCGGAUCCUGCCUGCAGCCCCCAGGGCCAGUGCUAGCUCCAGUGCAUGCAGAGGUGAAGCUAACCUGACUGUUAUACCACAGCAGCCAAACGAGAGACCAGCAGGGAAGGGAAGCAACCUGGCUCUCCUUUUACUUCAACACACAUUUGCAAGAACAGCCAGGUUCGGACACAAACCUCAGGAAAGCCUCCUGUGGGGCCAGCCGGGGAAGCGAACAGGGCAGAUAUUCCAGCCUCUGGGAAAGCUGCCUCUUUACCAAGCCCGACUUCCACAGGCGGGGCGUGGUAAUAACUGGGCCUAAUUGUAAAUUGAGCUGUGAGAAGCCUCUGAUUGCCAGAAACUGGGAGUGGACGACAGGGCAUGGAUCACACUGUGACUGUCUGUUCUGUUCAUUCCCUCUGGGGCACCUGGCACUGGCCACUGUCAGCAGAACCAUUGUUCGGACCCAGAAUGGCCGUUCGUAUAAAAGUUCAUAAAGUCUCACAAUAAUCUACAACAACAAAUGCUGAUGGGAAAAGGUACAAAAGUGAGACAAAGAUUGAAUUAGUCCAAACACAAAGGCUGACUGAUGUAACUCAAGGACUGUGCUGAGAUCAUGUCUGGUAAACAAAUGAAGUGUGGGACUGGAAACCAAUGGACCAAAAUUGGUGCGUUGAAAAUUAGGUCUAAUUGGUGACCACAUAAUAAGGGGAUAGACUAUUCCACUCAUUGCUCCCCUUGGGGGUCAUUAAAAAGACCCUUUUUUGGGGAAAAUGAAGAAAAAGAAAACUCAACGAUUGCUAACUGAGAGCAGGGGAAGGGAAUGAGUUUUACCAUCAUGGCUGCCAGCUGCAGAGUCUCCUGGGACCCUCCAGAACACUGCUAGGCCUUUGUCGUUCUAAUCCCGAGAAAAGUCCUGAUCAGAUCAGGCCAGAAAAAAGGGACCAAAGUGAUACCGUCAAUUCCCCUGCUCUGGCUAAAUGCCAAACACCACGUGGGAGAUAAUCAUCCCCCCAUCCCACACACUUGUGGUGGUAGAAGUCAGAUGGAGGGAACUGGCUGGGCAAUCAUCACGAGAACAGAUGUUUUUAUCUGCCCUAGAGAUACCAACUCCAACUGCCCAAGACAUCAGAGUAUUCAGACGUACAGUAUUGCCAUUUUACUGCUAUUCACUAAUGUCUGGGCGGUUGCAAAGAUGGUGACUGCAGAUGACAGCCAGUGGGAUGAAACCAUCUGUGACAUGGCUGUUUGCCAACAUCCACAGUGCUGGGACACUAUAAGGAGGAUUGAACAGGGACAUCCUCGGGUCCGUUUAAGAAACUUUGACUCACUCUGCAGGGCUUCUUCUUCGGAAAGCAAAGAUGAAUUACCAACACUGAAGAUUAUAAACUUCCCCAGCAAUUGCUCUCCUCAAGGAAGGAUCAGAUGUUUCAAUUGUAACAGAACUAUUUCCACCUUCACUGGACUUGAGACCUCUUUCUCUCCUUCUCUGUAUGAAACUUCAGUCUAUGACUUCUCUGACCGAAAUUCUGAAGUCAGUUCAGAAAGAACUCAUUUCCCAGGACUGAACUCAGUGGUAGGGUCACACACGAUCCCACAGACAGAGAUGAGCUUCACCAACUUGAAUAGAGUUGGAAAUCUCCAAGUGAUGGAUCUCAGUGAGAUUGCUGCUCCCAAGCAGGACUACUGUCCAGACAGUGGAAAUUUGAUUGUUAAAUGGGUCCCAAAUAUACACAGAAAAUCUCAGAGGCCUGACAUGGAAGCAGUAACAGAACUAAAGCCUUUAAGAAGAGUAUGUGUUAAAAACCUUGCCUCUGAAAAUCUCUUUUCCCUCAAAGAACUGCAAAGCAAAGGAAGAGAUCUUGACAUUAAGAGAAAGAAGUCCAAGAAGGUCCCUUCAGGAGGCCAACCCUAUCAGCUGCUUACAAACAGGAGCCAGAAAAUUAAGCUGGUGACCAAAAAAAUAAAAUCAGUCCCAAGCCACAGAGGUGACAGUUCUGCAGCCAAAGAAGGGAAACCAAAGGAUAGUCCAAUAAAAAAUAGGUAUUCUUCCCCAAGACACAUGCAGACUGCUACAAUAGUAGAGCUGCAAGAUGAGGGUGCCCUGCAGCUGGGGAAUCGGAGAGUGGAUGUGCCUGAUGCUACAGAGAAGUACACAUGUCCUUUGCUUGUGCAGAAGAUUCCAGUCGUGAGUUUGAAAGAACAAGGCCUGGAAAGAAUCAGCAACAGACCUUACCUGAGGAAAGCAUUUGAAGGCUCCUUAGGUAUGAAGAGCCAUGAGACCAAACUAGAGCAGCAACCUGGCUAUGCUGAAGCAGGGCCAAUUGUACUCACCACCCAGUCUCUGGAGUCCUGCACACUAGAUGGCAUAGAGGAAGCCUCUGCAAACAAAAAACAACUGUCACAAAAAUCAUCUGAAGAGCAGGAAUCCCAGGACAAGGAAGACCCCAGGAAGCAACACAUGGGACUUGAGAAAAGAAGGUCUUCGGGGAUGUAUGUGCUGAACGAGAGCAGCAGGGCAAGGCUGGUCCUUGAGGGUGUUGAAGAAAAUGGGUACCUGCUGUCAAGGCCAGAAACGCAGUAUGAAAUGUACUGCAAGCGUCUAGCAAGCAGAAAGGAAGCAGCACAGGCACUGGGCUAUCUUCAGGGAGGGAGAAGCCAGCUGCAGCCAAGCCCAGCUGUUCUAACACCAGACAAUGAUAAACAUGAAGAUGACUCUUACCCUAACCCUCCUCCCCCUUCCCCUUCUCCUUUCCCAUUGAGGGACAAUGACAACCCUUCUCCAGAUGUAGAAUCCCCUCUCUUCAGAGAGGACAGCACUCUAAGGGCAUCCAGUGAACGUCUUGAUAAUUGCAGUGGGAACCUGACCCUAUAAUGUAUGGUGAUCGUAAAUGAAUGUGCAGGUUAAGGCAUAGUUUGAUUGAUGCCAGGCACUCUCCGUGGGUGCCUGCUCUUGCCAUAGACAGCUGCAUCAAGAGACCAAGAAGGAGGGUGAGUGAGGUAACCUGCCUGCUCCAGGGACCUUUUGAAUGUACAGGACAGCUUGAAUGCUCUGUGCUUUGUAAUUAAAACCACAGCUUUCCAUCCUC